AUGAGUACCCAUCCAGAACCAUCUGAUAGGCCCGUAAUAACAUCAUCAACUGAUUUGGCAAAUCUGGGAGCUCAGCUGAACGAAGUUCUCAACCGAUUUAAUGAGCUAAGCGUUGAAAUGAUGGUCCAACGGCGCGUGAUCGACCAAUUAGUCACUAGUGGUGCUAGCGGUGAGCAACAACAUGAGCCCUUACCCCCUGGCCAAUCUGAACCUCAACCAAUACUCUUACCUUAUAUUCCAGCUCCUGUUACUUCAAAUGUCAUAAAUCCACCCGAAGAAGCCUUUACUUAUCCCACUCAUGACCCACAGCCUACUUAUGCACCUCACAUCCAAACUAACCCUUCUCAUGUCCAAAUUCCCCAAAAUUAUCCGUCAAUCACUAUGAGCAUGCCAUUCAAACCACAUGGGCCUCAUUAUUACUCCACUGCUGAGCCAUUCACCCUAGAUAUCGCUGCUCAGGGGAAAGUUGAAGCCGGGGAGUCAUCCGCACCAGUGGACAAGAAUUUACUAAAGAGAUUAGAUCGGUUUGAGGAGUUUAUAAGGAAAAGCCAAGGUGUGAGCAAGCAAGGAGGUCUAGACUACAACGAGCUGUGCCUGUUUUCGGAUAUGCAAUUGCCGACGGGUUUCAAAGCACCCAAAUUUAGCAAGUACGAUAGAACUGGCAAUCCCAAGACUCACCUCCGGAUGUUUGCAAACAAGUUAGGGAAGUCGAUAGAUGAUGAGAAUCUACCUGUGCGCUUAUUUCCCGAAAGUCUAGAAGGCGACGCGUUGGAUUGGUAUUCCAAUUUGAAGCCUGAGGGUAUGAGAUCUUGGAUGGAUUUGUCAACUGCUUUUAUGAGGCAGUACGAAUACAAUUGCGAGCUUGCUCCAACAAGGGCCACACUUGAGGGGACUGAAAGAAAACCAUCUGAGGACCACAAGAUGUACGCGAAGAGAUGGAGGAAAUUGGCCGCCAAGGUGGAGCCUCCUAUGACGGAAAACGAGAUUAUUCGCACGUUCAUCAAAGCUCAUGACCCGCCUUACUUUGAGGAAAUUUUUCAAAUGACUGGGUGUUCUUUUGCCGAAAUUGUAAAUAAAUUAGAAGAAUAUGAGGAGUUUAUGAGGGCAGGAAAGAUUGUUAACGUGUCGGCUCUGAAAUCACAAUUGGACGCGAUGCAAAGUCAAGGCAGCAAUAGCAAGAAAUCCCUGUUUAAAAAGAGAGAAGAGGAAGCUUCAUUUGUUUCGAACCGAGACCCUGCUUUCCGACCUAGAUACCAACAAAAUCCCACCUACUCACCCCAUUACCCGUACCAAUCACACCUUCGAUUUGUUUAUCAUACCAGCGUUAACCACCCUCGACCCCGACCAAAGUACCCAAACACACCCACUACACCAUUUCAUAUUUCUCCACCUAACCUUCAAACUAGAGCUCGCCCUUCUUAUCAUCCAAGACCCACUUUACCCAUCAACCAGAACUACAACUAUCAACAAACUGCUGGCACCCAAGACCCGGCCCGAUAUAGAAUUUUUACCAAUCUAGGUCAGCCCCUUGAUCAACUAUAUGCGCAGCUCAAGGCCGCAGGGAAAAUUGGUACAAUAACUCCUAAAGUCUAUACUAAAGGAGUUCCCCCUGAUUAUGAUUCUCAAUCUUUUUGUGCCUAUCAUUCUGGAGGUCCGGGACAUUCUACUGCCAAUUGUCGGGUACUUAAACAUGAAAUUCAAGACAUGAUCGAGGGUGGAGACAUAAUUUUGAGAAUGAGAAAUGAACAAGGAUCAAGUGUCAGCGAAAACCCUUUUCCUGCGCACGAGGAUACUAUAGCGGCCAUUGUCACUAAAGAGGAGUUUGAACAGUCUGCCAAACACAUUGUGGGGGAGAAUGAAAUAAUCAAAAUAGUCCAGAAGCCUUUUGUUCUCGACAUAGCCAUCUAA